AUGUCACAGGAUACUAGAGAAUCCUCAGAAUCAACGGAGGUAGAUAAAUUUUUACCCAAUAACUUAUCUUUACCUGCAUAUGUCCCAUUGAGCCCCAACCUUCGCCGUGAUUUCGAAAGAGUAUUUCGUGUUACUGCAAACGACUUGACAACACCAGCAAUAAAUCAACAUCGUUCAACUACAAAGAGUUACAUUCACUACAUACUUGAAAAUGGUACAUUGGAUUUUGACGAACAGACGCUAAACAACUUUGCUAUUGGAUAUAAACAAUUAUUGGAAUCACGAUGUAAUUUGAAAAAAUUUGAAUCGGUUGCGUCUGAUGAUAGGAUUACCAACUACUUGAACAAGUCACAGCCAUUAACCUUGGAGACACUUGACUCGUAUCAUUCAAUGGAAAAGCCAAGCUAUGAAGAAUUAAUGUCACAACCACAAGCUAUAACAUCCACCACCGAGGUUGAAAAUCAUUUGAAAUCAGAUGAAUUUUAUCAAUUAUUGAGAAGCAUUUUGUUUGUGCUUAAGCACCCAGAAGAGCCAGUACCAGAUGUGACUGCUGAUGAUGAAGAAGAUGUAGGUAUCAGUGGUGGUACCAUAUCCUUAAAGGAUCCCCUAACAUUGAACACAUUUGCUAGUCCAGUUAUGGGUUCUUGCGGUCAUACUUUUGAGUCGCUGAGUAUUCGUCAACAAAUUCAACAACAUCCUAAUGGUGUUAUUGAAUGCCCCAUUUCCGGUUGUGAUAAUCAAUUGCUGAUGAAUAAUUUGAAGCAGGACAUUUUGAUGAAGGUACGAGUUAGGAUAGCAAGCAAACAACACAAGAGUAAUGAUGAUUUGGAUAUUGUUCACUGA